AUGGUGAAGAAUAAUAAUGUGGCUAGUGGAUCACCAGUUUCGGCUGUAUGGAAUAAUCAGAAUACAACUAUAUUUUGUGACUUGUGUAUCAAGGAGGUGGAGGCAGGUAAUCGUCCUGGUACUCACUUUAAGAAAGAAGGAUGGGAAAAUGUGAGGAUUAGCAUGAGUAAAGAGACAGGAGCCGAGUAUGAUAAAUCACAAUUGAAAAAUAAGUGGGAUGCACUUAAGGAACAAUGGAAAAUAUGGAAAGAACUAAUUGGAAAAGAAACUGGUCUUGGGUGGAAUUCCAAACUUGGGACUAUUGAUGCUUCUGACGAAUGGUGGCAUAACAAAAUUGAGAUAAAUCCCAAAUAUGCAAAAUUAGGUAGAAAGGGUAUUAGUCCUGAUAUGGAAGAGAAGUUUGAUAGAAUGUUCAUGAACACCACCGCCACUGGUGACCAUGCUUGGGCACCUUCAUCUGGUGUACUUCCAACUCAGAUUAGUAAAAAUCACUUUCAGCAUCAUGUCUAUUUUAGUCAUUAUAAAUAG